AUGGGGCGCCUCGACAACAACACUCACCGGCCCCCCCGGUUGCACGCAUCAGGCCGAGGAACCCUCUCGGAUGAGCACGCUGGUGUCAUCUCUGUCCUCGCCCAGCAGGCAGCCAAGCUCACCUCCGACCCAACCGAUACGCCCGUGGUGUGCCUGGAGUCAGACAGCGGGAAUAUCAUGAUCCAGAAGCACGACAGCAUCACUGUAGCGGUGCACAAGCUGGCAUCCUGA